AUGAGAACAAGACAAUCAAAUAACCCAGAAGAGAAUCCUUUCACUCUAUCCGGCUUUUCAGCUCACUCCAACACCCACUUCCUCAGCCCACUUGGCAAAAUUUUAAAGUUUCCAAGCCGAUCUCUUGAGCGUCACUAUCAAAACGUGAUAACAAGCAAUGACUCAAGUGCUACAAAUAUUAUAACUGAGUUGCGAUACCGACUUAAAAUCUUUUUAUUCAGCUAUUAUUUUCUGCUUGCGGUUUAUUUGCUUAUUUAUAUCAUUGCUGUCUCUUUAAAGGAAAGCACAUCAAGAGUUUUUGGAUGCCAAAUAGGACUGUUUUUGGGGCAAUUUUUGGCGAAUUCUUCAAUAUACCUGCUAGGAUUUUACACGAUGGCUCUCAAUAGCAUUCGUCCUGAGCUGCUUCAGAUCAGCUAUUUUUUGACAGCAGUUAUGCUUAUUUUAAACAAUGGUCCGGUUCAAGCAGCAAUGUUUGAUGAAGACUCAGUAACUUAUAUGUCCUGUCUUCCAGGCUUGCUUGUUCUAUUAAGCACAUCAAAGUUUAUUCUCCAUACCAAUUUUUUGAAUUAUUUCCUAUGAAAUACUCUGAUUGCUGUAGUAUUCCUUAUUUCACACAUUCUUGGAAACCAGCACUUGGCGACGACACUAUUUGAGGUCGGAUUUUUCUAUUAUCGAGUUUUAGUAGAAACUAAGACUUUUUAUACACAUGAAGUAGUGACCAGAAAAAAAUUUCAAAUGACCGUAAAUGCUACUGAAGGUUUUGACGAUGCCGCUAACCAUGGAAGUUUCGAGCCAAAAACAGAGUUAGAAGAAAUCAUAGACUGCUUAUUAGAAACCCUUACAAACGCAAAACAAAUUAUUGCUGAUAUUUCAGCAGACGACAACAAAAGCCGAGUCAUGAGGAUCCAUGAACUUGUAAAUAAAGUAGUCGGAAAAAUAAGGUCUCAGACCAAUAUCUAUUCAACUGAUAUAGAAACGAUCACAAAAGGUCUUGAUGAAGACGACAAGCUGUUUAUUAAACAAACCCAAAAUGAACAAGUAAAAACCCUCCCAAUAAAGCCAAGAAAUAAGCUAAGAGUCAGAAAAACUGACGAAAUUGCUUUAACUUAUAAAGUUUACGACGUCGAAGAAUUGAUAGGAGUUUUAAAGCACAUAGGGAAGAACUGAAAUUUCGACAUGUUUUUUUUAAAGGAAUGCACAAGAGGUAAGCCACUUGUUACAGUAGGGAAGUAUUCUAUGAAAAAGUUUAGGCUGGAUGAAAUUCUUAAUAUUAAUGAAAUGGUUUAUGUCAACUUUUUCCAAGAUAUGGAACAAGGGUAUAAGACAGAAAACCCGUAUCACAAUUCGACCCACGCAGCAGAUGUGCUGUCAUCCUUUCUGUUUUUUAUUAAUCAAUCAGUCCUAUCAGAGCUAUUUUCAGAGUAUGAUAUGCUAGCUGUUAUUUUAGCAGCUUUAGGUCAUGACGUUGGACAUCCAGGCCUGACAAAUCGGUUUUUAAUAGUCAACAAAGACGAUCUUGCUAAUAUGUGUAAUUUUUAUAUAGAUAAUGACUAUUCUGUUCUCGAAAUGAUGCAUUGUUCCACGACUUUUCAAUUGCUAAAAGGCCAAGAUGCAAAUAUUCUUGCAUCUCUUGAUACUGAGCACUAUACGAGUGUUAGAAAACUCAUCAUAGAAAUGAUAUUAGCCACAGAUAUGAGCAAGCAUUGGGAUUUAUUAGCACAGUUCAAAGCAAAAGCUUUAAAACCUCCUAAUCAAUUCGAAACAGUAGAUCAGAGGAUCGACAUUUUGAAAAUGAGCAUCAAAGCUGCAGAUGUGGGCCACGCUGCCAAAAGCAUUGACCUUCAUCAUAAAUGGAGCAAACUUGUCAUUGAAGAAUUUUUCAGACAAGGAGAUAUGGAGAAAAGUAUGAAACAGCCUGUAUCUAUGUACUGCGAUAGAGAAACUACAGACAUAUCGAAGUCACAAGCUGGGUUUAUAAGGAUGAUUGUGUUGCCAUUAUAUGAGGCUCUGUCGAAUUAUUUAGGCUCUGCUCAAGUGGAGGAAAAUUGCUUAAUUCCCUAGUUAAUACAAUUUUUUAAUUUAAAUAAUAUUUUAAUAAUUGAUUUAAUCAAAACUUUCAUUACAAUAUUUUUUAUAUUUUUUUAAUAUAUUUUAUUAUUUUUUAAAUCAUCAAAAAGUCCUAUAAUUAUUUUUUCAAAAGUGUUGGCUAUUAGCUGAAUGCGUUAGAGCAGCUAAAAGCAAACUUAGCAUCUUGGGAGUAUGAGAUGAAUCGAAAUAAAAUCAAGACACUUUCAUAUAACACAGAUAAUAGUAGUAAAAAUUCAAUAAUCCAAAAAGAAGAUGAAAUAAGAAGAUGUGGAACACAGAGAAUUAUAGAUUUAACGAAAAAGAAAAUAUGGCCUGGAUAA